AUGGCGGUCAAUGAAAUAUUCCAGUACUCCAUCAUCUCGGCCCUCAUGGACGGCGUCGCCUCCAAAGGCCUGCCCGUGUCAGAUCUCAUCUCCCACGGCACCCAAGGCCUGGGAACCUUCCGCUACAUGGUUGGCGAGAUGAUCAUCCUCGACGGGAAGCUCUACCAAAUGAAAUCGGACAACACCGUGACCCCAAUCGACACAAGCCCGGCCUCCGACGCCGUCGCCCCCUUCGCCAUGGUCACCCGCUUCCAGCCCACGGCAACAAUCAAGGCCGCCUUCAACAACAAGAAGGAGCUCUUUGAGCACCUCUCCCAACACUUCCCCGACGCAAAAAACUUCUUCUUGGCCAUCAGGAUCGAGGGCGUCUUCAAGGGCAUCACCGUGCGGACGGCCGGCGGCCAGAGUAAACCGGGCGAGAGCCUGGUCGAGGUGGGCAAGCACCAGGCGUCGCACACCUUUGAAGAGCCCGUGCGCGGCACCGUCGUCGGCUUCCGGUCGCCCGAGUAUACCAUGGGCAUCAGCGUAGCCGGCGAUCACCUCCACUUCAUCACCGAGGACCGGACCCAGGGUGGGCAUAUUCUGUCGUUUGGUACCGACGGCGAGGUCGAGAUUGGUGCUGCACAAAUUUCAAAAUGGCACGUUGAGCUGCCGACGAACGAUGCCGACUUCAACAAGGCCAAGUUGGAAGGUGACAAGGAGGGUAUCGCUGCUGUGGAGGGUUAG